AUUGACUGCAUGCGAAUGUAUGCACAUACGUGUAAGAGGCAACUACAAAAUACGGAUUUUGCGGCAACUCAACAGGUGCAGCGACCAUGGGAGAAGUCAAGGACUGGCGUCCGUUUGUUUACGGCGGCGUAGCAUCUAUUACAGCUGAAUUUGGAACUUUUCCAAUCGAUACAACAAAGACACGCCUCCAGAUCCAGGGUCAGAAAAUCGACCAAUCGUUUUCGCAACUGCGGUACCGCGGCAUGACAGAUGCAUUCAUGAAGAUCUCAAAGGAGGAAGGGCUGCGUGCAUUGUACUCUGGUAUUUGGCCGGCGGUACUACGUCAGGCAACCUACGGAACAAUCAAAUUUGGCACAUACUAUACCCUUAAAAAGCUGGCAAACGAGCGUGGAUUAUUAACAAAUGCGGACGGAAGCGAACGCGUAUGGAGCAACAUCAUGUGCGCAGCUGCAGCUGGCGCCAUAUCAUCUGCCAUCGCGAACCCCACAGAUGUGCUGAAGGUACGCAUGCAAGUGCAUGGGAAAGGCACACAGCAGCAUGGCCUACUUGGUUGCUUUAAUGAAAUCUAUAAAUACGAAGGUGUGCGCGGCUUAUGGCGGGGUGUGGGACCCACGGCCCAGCGAGCAGUCGUCAUUGCCUCUGUCGAAUUACCUGUCUACGAUUUUUGCAAGCUGCAGCUAAUGAGCGCUUUCGGCGAUCAUAUGGCAAAUCAUUUUAUCUCGAGUUUCAUAGCGAGCUUGGGCAGCGCCAUUGCUUCAACACCUAUUGACGUAAUAAGGACGCGAUUGAUGAACCAACGACAUGUCACUGUACUAAACGGCAUGGUUACUACAGCAACAACACAGAGGCUCUAUAACGGCAGCCUUGACUGUGCGGUGCAGACAAUUCGCAAUGAAGGUUUGCUAGCGCUCUACAAAGGCUUUAUACCCACUUGGGUGCGCAUGGGCCCGUGGAACAUAAUUUUCUUCAUCACGUACGAGCAACUGAAAAAAUAUUAGUACCACCAUGGUUAAUAGUUAUGCUCAGGCAUUGAAAAAUAAGUACAAGCUGCAAUUAGCAUUAGCCUUGGCUAGCAUUCAAACCAAAAAAAAAAUUAGCUUAGUGUACAAACACACCAGUUUUUUUAAACUGGGCUUCUCAUUAAACAAUGUGUAGUGGUAUAUGUACAGUGAAUCAAUAAAGUCUUGGCACAAGCAGAAUUUUUUAUGAAAAA